AUGUUUGUCAGCAUACUAGCCUAUUUCACACAGCUCCAAGCGCCGCUUCAGUUCUUUGGAAGCUUCUACAAUCAAGUUCAGAACAAUCUCAUUGACGCCGAGAGAAUGCUGGCUUUGAAUGCCAAGGAAAUCAUGCGGUGCGACGGCAGAAUAACCUUCUCAAACGUGUCUUUCGCAUAUCACCAGCGGAAGCCAGCAAUCAACAAUGUUUCGUUCACGGUAGAGCCUGGAACAAAGACGGCCAUUAUCGGCGAAAGCGGUAGCGGGAAAUCAACCUGUCUUAAGCUCCUUUUCAGGUUCUACGACGUAUCUAGUGGAAGUAUACAGGUAGAUGGGCAUGACAUCCGCAGUCUCAAAAUGCUGAGCUACCGAAGACACAUUGCGGUGGUUCCGCAAGAGACAAUCCUAUUCAACGCUAGUAUACUCUACAAUUUACAAUAUGCGAAACCAGAUGCGGCAUUGGAGGAGAUUUACGAAGCAUGUAAAGCUGCAAGUAUCCAUGAUCGAAUAACCGAAUUCCCUGAAGGCUACGAUACCAAAGUUGGUGAAAGAGGACUAAGACUAUCCGGUGGAGAGAGGCAAAGGAUUGCUAUUGCGCGUGCACUACUCAAAGACCCCCAAAUGAUAUUACUUGAUGAGGCAACUGCAUCACUAGACUCUCACACUGAAAAACAGAUUCAGGGUGCGCUUGAAUAUGCCACCAAUGGCAGAACAACGAUGACAAUCGCCCACCGACUCUCUACCAUAACUGAUGCCGACCAGAUUCUUGUCUUUCAUCAUGGGGAAAUUGUAGAGCGAGGGACGCAUGAAGAGCUGAUACGCAAGCAUGGUAGAUAUUACGAUAUGUGGGAAAAGCAGACAAAGAAGCAGGAUGCGAACAAGGCUCAGGAUGACAAAACUUCCUUAUAG